AUGACAUCCGCAGCGUCGGCGCUGGCCGUGGCCGCCCCUUUUUGUUACAGCACUUCGGCCACUAUCUGUACAGACGAUGAACCAAUGGCACUCGAGACGUACGGCCAGCCACAACAACUCCCUCCACCGCAACCUCAACCUAAUAAAACAGCAGCCCUUCGAUUGUUUAGACCGUUUACAGCAUCGAGAUCUAUCAUGCCUUCUCUAAGCGGGACCACCACCCGUUCUGCCUCCGGCGACAAACUUUUCUCUGCCAAAUCAUCCCUUCCAAACCCGUGGUCCUUUUCGUUUUAUGAAGAAGAUCGAAACGAAGAUCCACUCUCACGCGGCCAAUCGCGAGCUACCAUGGCUACAUCCAUGUAUACAGUGGCUACUCGUGCUCAACGGAAUACCCAUCAUCUCGAUUUGUAUCGAUCUGCUGUACGUUCGCUGACCUUGCGAAAAAUUAAAGAAAAGGCAGUGAAUGAGCCAUUGGUACAAAUAGGUCGCUAUGCGACAAAAGUGAACAAAUUGGACCUGUAUAUCUGCGAUUAUCUCUCAAAUGAGGUGCUUUUCGGCUUUGCUGCGCACGGUACACUCACUUACCUUUCACUGGCGGGAUGCAAUCGUAUCACGGAUGAAGCCAUACUUUACGUGGCCCACCACUGCCGCAACUUGGAACAUCUGGAUCUGCGUGCUUGCGGGCUCAUCUCGGAUAAAUCGAUCAGUGCCAUUGCCAUGCACUGUCCGCAAUUACGGCAUUUGAAUGUGGGUCGUGUGCGUGAUCGUGAGCGUAUCACGAUCAAAUCCAUUGGCUUGAUUGCGCAACACACGCAAGUCGCUGUGCUGGGUCUGGCAGGCUGUGAUAUCACGGAUGAAUGUCUCAUCACCCUGGCUAUGUACAGAAACAAUGGCCUGGAACGGAUAUCCGUCAACAGUUGCUAUCGCAUCACCAAUAAGAGUAUCCGAGCGUACGUCGAGUAUUGUCCCCGAUUAUCUGUAUUUGAGAUGAAAGAAUGCCAUCAGAUCAACGAUUGGAACGCUGUGGCGGACCUUGUGCAACGCAAAGUAUUGCUGACACUAUGCGAUCAGCAAAAUCGAGCCUGUGCAGAAUGGGCAAAACGCAUGGGUCGCGUAAUUCACGUCAAAGCACCUUUGAAAUAA